AUGCGCCACAGUCUGGGUCAGUCCGGGGCCGGAUUCAUCGAAACAGUCACGGCCGCCGGGCCGUAUCUGAAUUUCCGCCUCAAUGAGCGCCGCAUGUUGGCCGAGGUGAUUACCAGCGUGGCCGAACAGGGGUCCAUGUUUGGCCACUCACCACAGCUCCUUGACAGUCUGGUGCUCUUGGAGUUCAGCUCGCCGAACAUCGCCAAGCCCUUCCACAUGGGCCACCUGCGCUCGACAAUCAUUGGCAACAUCCUGAGCAAUCUCUACCGGUCCCAGGGCCACCAAGUCCUGAACAUCAACUACCUCGGCGACUGGGGCACCCAGUAUGGCAUCCUCGCGCUCGGCUUCGAGCACUUCGGCUGCAGGGAGAAGCUGCAGGAAGACCCGAUCCGCCACCUGUUCCAGGUGUAUGUGGCAUCGCAGGCGCAGGUGGCCAAGUGCCCGGACUUCGCGGCCCAGGCCCGGCGCUACUUCAGCACCAUGGAGCGUGUGGCGGCCCUGCUGGCGGACCGGUGCGGUGUGAGUGUGGACGCGUGGGAUCCGGAUGCCUCGGAUCUGGCGGCCACUCUCCGGCAGGCGGCCGCCGAGGGGGAGCAUUUGACCGAGGCCGACUUGGCCGACGGGCUCCGGGCGCUCCGGCUGUGGCAGCUCUUCCGCUCGCAGUCGAUUGUCUCCUAUGAGCGGGUGUAUGGCGAUCUGGGCGUCAGCUUCCACAGCUACGAGGGCGAGUCCCAAUCGCAGGCGGUGGUACCGCGUGUUCUGGAGCAUUUCCAGCAGCAGGGCCUCCUCCGGGAAUCGGAUGGCGCGCUGGUGGUGGAUGUCCCCCCGGCCAAGAACUCCCACCCCGGCCCCGAUGGCGCGGAUCCGCCUCCACAGGUGGCCGUCCUACAGAAGGCCGAUGGUGCUUCGAUCUACCUGUCGCGGGAUCUCGCCACCAUCAUGCGCCGGUAUGCCAGCCACACGUUCGACCGGUUGGUGUAUGUGGCCGGCAGCGAGCAGGAGCUGCACUUCCAGCAGCUCUUCCAACUUGCCGGCCUGCUGCCUGGCCUGCCAUCGGACCUUCCAAGCCGAUUGGAGCAUAUCAGCUUUGGCCGGGUGGCCGGCAUGUCCACGCGCGAGGGGACGGCCGUCUUCCUGGAGGAUGUUCUGGCCGAGGCCCGGCGCCAGUGCCUUGCCCGAGAGGAGUGGGGCUCGCGCGGGCCGCCGGAUGCCGCGACUGUCGCCAUGCUUGGCUUGUCGUCGGUGGUGGUGGCUGAUCUGACCUCGCGGCGCAUCAAGAACUACAACUUCUGCUGGGCCAAGGCGACCGAUCCCAAGGGCGACACGGGAAUGUUGCUUCAGUAUACCCAUGCGCGGUUGUGCGGAAUCGAGCGCACGAACACCAACCUCCUGGAGUCCGGGGCCUUUUCCCCUGGGCAGGACCUAGGCCAGUACCGGCUGCCGGAUGAUGUGGAGGUGCCGGAGUGCGCCGUGCAGCUGGCCAUGGAAGUCAGCCGCUUCCCGGAGGUGCUGCGCAUGUCGCUUGCCAGCUCGGAGCCCAGCAUUUUGGUUCAGUAUCUGCUCGGCCUCUGUCGGUGCAUCGGAACCGCCCACCAGGAGCUCAAGGUGAAGGACGCGCCUGCAGCCGAGGCCCAGUGGCGAUUUGAUCUUUUCCGCGCCUCGCGCGCCACCUUGAGCAAUGGCAUCUUGCUGCUUGGCCUGACCCCUGUGGAGCGAGUGUAGUGUCCCCAUGUUGUGCGGCCGAGCGCCCCCAUCCUUUCUUCCCUCCCCGCCGGGUGAUCAUGACGAUCCCCUGCUCGCAGUAGAGUGCCCAAAGGGCAGAGCGCAGCAGGUGACCACACCCAGACCGGGCGUUUCUCAUCCGCCUACCCUCGAAUUCGAAAUAUACCUCCCCUCCCCCGGACAUUUGACCAGCCGCAGCACCACCAGGGUGUCGGUCAGAAAGAGGCACACGUAUACACACA